AUCUCUCCUCCUUCCACAAUUGGCUCACCAGAGAAGGAGCAGGGCAGCUGCUUAUAGAUUGGUGAUCUCUACCCCCCUUGCACCUACUUCCAGUAGCUUUGUACUGUGCAAGCAUUUCUGUGCAACAGAGGAAGAUCCCCCCUCACCCACCCACUGGGAGAGACAGGAGCAAAACCAUGCAGCAGCACUGACUGUUGUGUCCCUGAGCCUGCAGCUGUGUGUUAUCUCCCCUUGCACACUCACACACUCACAUUAGCUGCUCUGACUUGCUAAUCUGCCAGCCUGAACCUCUAAUGCUGCUCCCAUACAGCUGACAGCUAGAGAGAGACAUCAGCAUUCAGCAGGAGCCUCCAGUCGUACCAGCACCAUGGUCUCAUGGCUCAUAUCCAGGCUAGUUGUGCUGAUAUUUGGGACUCUGUAUCCUGCCUAUUAUUCCUACAAGGCUGUGAAGUCAAAGGAUAUUAAAGAAUAUGUGAAAUGGAUGAUGUACUGGAUCAUAUUUGCUCUCUUUAUGACAGUGGAAACUUUCACAGACCUUUUCCUUUGCUGGUUUCCAUUCUACUAUGAGCUUAAAAUAGCCUUUGUGGCCUGGUUGUUGUCGCCGUACACCAAGGGAUCCAGUCUCCUGUAUCGGAAGUUUGUUCAUCCAACACUGUCCUCCAAAGAAAAGGAAAUCGACGAUUGUCUGUUGCAGGCCAAAGAUCGCAGUUAUGAUGCACUGGUUCAUUUUGGCAAGCGAGGUCUCAAUGUGGCCGCCACUGCUGCAGUAACGGCUGCUGCCAAGGGACAAGGUGCUCUCUCAGAAAGACUCAGGAGCUUCAGUAUGCAGGAUCUGUCAUCAAUUCGUGGGGAGGCCCCUGCCCAGUCUGCAGCCCCUGUACGGACAACUAGUAAAGCAACUAAGCCAAAGCUCACCCGGAGCGUAACACAACCCCCUGAAUCCUCAGUAUGUGCCUGCUGCUCUGUGGGCAAAAUCCUCAGAGUUGUUGAGGUUGAAGUGGAUGAGUCUGAAGUGACUUGUAAAAAAACCUAUGAGGUUAAGGAACUGAUUUCAGAUGAUGAAGAAGAAUCCACCAAUAGUUUUAUUCUGGAUGAAGCUCCUAUAAUUAAAGUGAUUAGGAAGAAGGACCAACCUGUUGAGCCACCACCAAGAGUCCAUAAACCUAGAUUCAGGACGAAAAGUACUUCAGCCUCCACCGCAGAAACUGCGUGAGCAUCGCCAAUAUCCAAAUCCACUGGGAAUGUCUCUUCACUGCCUUAAAAACAAAUCCAUAUCACACAAUGACGGCAAUGCCAGAACCCAGAAACAUGACCUGACUUACUCCAGCAUCUGCCAGUCACAAGCUCACAGAUAAACCUGCUUUACUUCUUUCUGGUCAAGCCAACCUCCCGGACUCCAUUACACUGGAUAGAACCUCAGUUUUUCUCUCUUGGUCCCAAUCACACGAUGAAGAGAGGAAAAUGAAGGCUUUUGCUAAGGAGCAAGAACUCAAAUGGCCAACAUGUUGGUGUAGCUGAUGCACAGGAGGUGCAUGGCAGCCUUAAUAUCAAUAUAUCUGGUACUCACGUGUUCUUUAUUAUAUAUUUGGCCCAGGAUCCUCUGUGGCUGUCCUUAUGUAGCAUCUUCAUGGUUUAAUAGAUAUCUCUUAGCGGAGUGGGGGAAUCUGGUGAAUAUGACACAUGUAUAUAGAAUUUCUUCUCACGCUGUAUGUGCUAGACAAAUGACAGAACAUUGCUGUGAAACAUUUAGGGAAGAACUUGCUACUCAAGAUAUGCACUAUACGCCCACACGUUGUAGGAAGCAGUUGUUUUCAUAACUCACCAUGUAGUCAAUGCAAUUUACUAGAAGACUGAGGUUGUUCAGUAGGAGUGGCACAUUUUCAUCAUUUCCUCUUUCACAAGGGGGUCUAAAGCUCAAAACAGAAUUGGGCUGAUAAUGAAAGUGUUACUAGAAAUAUUAUAUCAUGGGGGAUCUUCCCAACCUUUCUUUAGGACAUCGAAAAAUGCCCAUUCCCUACUUUAUGCCCCUGAGAUCUGGUAAGCACACCACUUAGCAAAUUCCAAAGAUAUUACUAAUUAAUGUUUCACAAAAUGUGUGUGGAAUCAUGUCAUGGAAUCACAUACAAGGUAACCCCUAAAAUUCAAUGACAGGCCAGUGUAUGUCCUUGCAAAGUCACUGUUUCCAUGGCACACCUUUAUGUCAGCCAUGUUUUCUUUUGUUCCUAAAAUUUACAUCAAAUUGAGAAAGUAGUUAGACUGAAAGAAGUAUCUAUGGUAAGUAAUUAUGCGUGUGUUUCAUAUUAGGGUUGCCCUGGAACAUUGUAGAUGCCUUCAUCCAUAAUUGCCAACUUUUUACAUUAUUUCCACAAUGGGCCCAAUUCCAGCAAACCAAAGAGGACAUGUUCUACAGGAAUUUAGACGUUGCUUGGACAAUUUGGGUAAAGAGGCUAGAUCAAGUGGGGUGUUGGCAAGUUGAGGCACGCUAACCAUUGUCCUAUUUUUUAUGUUGGAAUUGUGACUUGUUGCUGCCCCAAUAUUUUAUUACAACACUAAACGCCUUAUAGUUUAAAGUUCAGCAGGAAAACUUUAACCGUGAACUCAAAAGCCCAUUAGAAAAUAGAAAACAAUUGCAACUACAGAUGAUGAGCCUUUGAAUGUUCCAAGUACUAAUCCAACAUGAGUCAGCUGAAAAAGUGACCAGUACCCCACAUGGCGUAAAAGCAAUUACAAUUCUGUACUCUUAUUGAGGUCUAGUAUCCCCCAUCACUACAUACAUUACUAAGCACUCUCACGGACAUUUGCCCAUAUAUGUUUAUAACUAGGUUAGUCUUGAAAGCAGUUGUAUUGCAGCAGAAGUCCCCUUCUCUUCCAUUCUUAUAUAGGUUUGUGAUGAAAGAGGGAGACUCAAAGCCAUGCAAGUAGUUCACAAGCAUCUAGAUCAGUGAGACCUCCCCCCAGGAAGCUUUGAGGUGGGUUUCAGCCUGAAGGCCAGUUUGGUUGGCAUUAGGCAAAGAAAGUCUAUAUACUCUCUUAGAUACACCUAAAAGCCCAGCUUGAAGGCCAGUUAAGUUGAGAUUUGGGGAGAGCACCUGUUUGCUUUCCUAAAUACAUCUGAAAGCCCAACUUGAAGGUCAAUUAAGGUGAGAUUUGGGGAGAACACCUGUUUGCUUUCCUAAAUACAUCUGAAAGCCCAACUUGAAGGUCAAUUAAGGUGAGAUUUGGGGAGAACACCUGUUUGCUCUCCUAAAUACAUCUGAAAGCCCAACUUGAAGGCCAGUUAAGUUGAGAUUUGGGAAGAGCACCUGUUUACUCUCCUAAAUACAUCUGAAAGUCCAGCUUGAAGGUCAGUUAGGGUGUAAUAUGGGGUUAAACCUUAUUUGCUGCCCUUGAUACUAUUGUUGAAUGACUGAUAAACUGUAUCCUAUAUUUCUAACCUUACAAGCUGUGACCUUGACCAAAAGUUGGACAUCAAAAGAGAUCUUGAAUUUAAAAAGUCCGACAACCAUUACUGUAGACCCUAUCAAUUCAGCAUGUGUGGAGACACCACCUAUAGAGGAUUUUGCUUUAGAUCCUAUAUGUUAAAACCUUUUUCAUUGUUGCUGUUCCUUUUACUUUUGAACUGCCAAGAUCCGAAUAUUCUAAUCAAGUAUAUAUUGCAAGACUCGCUUACUUUAAGUUGGUUGCACUUUGUUAGUACAGUAAAAGGUGCUCGCACCCCUACAUGCUAGCAGGAAAGGCAAACCAGGUUUGGCUUUUGGUAUUGGCUCGCACCCACCCACCCACACACUCAAGAAUAAUUUUUUCACACGCAGCCUACAAAAAAAUGAGUGAAUGCUGGUCUUAAAAUGACAAAAACCUGACAUAUUUGAAAAAAUACAAUUUUAAGUGCACUUUUAAUUUAAUGCCAUAGUGGAAAAGUGUUUGUUGUCCCCCUGGUAGAACUAAAUCCUCUACCCUGGAGGGAUAUUUUUUUUUUUUUAAUUUGUGAUACUUGAGUUAAUUAAUUUCUGUAUAUAAUAUUUAUGUAAAGUGGAAAUGAUUUGUAUUGAUAGGGUGUGUCUCUGAGUCUGUGUUUCCCUGCCACUGAACGAUGGACAUUAAACAUAUCUAAACUCA